UUAGGACGUGCAUUCCACUGCAGCGGUUUCGUCAUACUGUUCCGAUUUUAACUUCGUCAUGCCGUGGACAGUUGUCUUGGUCGCGUUCACUGCGGUCCUCUGCAGGUGGCCCGUCGUGGCUUGGAACACCGACGGACUGUACGGCACGCCGAUGCCGGCCCGGUUGACCGACGUGGCCGUGUGGCGCAACCGCGCGUACGCUUGCUGGCCCCGGGCGGACGUUACGCAACCGGUCACCCUGUUAGAACUGCCGUGGCCGGAGACCGUCGACGAACAAGCGCAACAGCCGUCGUCGUGGACGCCUCACAGGCCGUUUUACGCCGAUCAACAAAAACUCUACGACUGUCGUAGCGUGCAAUCGGCUGUUGCCGUCGAUAUGGACAAAAUCAGAGGGCACCUGUACGUGCUGGACAAUGGAUACGACAACGUCAUCUGUCAACCGAAAAUUAUCGUUUAUGACCUGAAAACUUACAAAUGUAUACAUACCAUAGAACUCGGCGGACUCAAUGGCUCGGGACUAGCCACGCUGGUGGUGGAUGCUAGACCGUUCAAAGGCGAGACGAGGGUGUAYGCGGGUGACGCGCGUGGUGGACGCAUCGCAGUGUACGACCCAGACCGGAGUGUUUGGUAUAUGGUCGCAUUACGCAUCCAGAACCGUGGUAACGCGGUUAUACAGGACUACUAUAGACCGGAAGUCGACCAGGAAGUGCCUGCAGAAUGCAUCGCCAUCUCUAAGCUUCAGUGGUCCGUGUACUUGACGUCGACGCAUUCGCACGACUUGUAUACGGCUUCGUUCAAGGAUCUCCGGAAUUUGACCUCUUACGUCACGCCGAGCGUAAAGAAUGGCGACGUACUUCCGGUUGGAUUGCGAGUGCGCUGGGAAGGCGUCAAGCUGGGCGUUUCGAGCGGGCUGUACGCUGACAUACAGGGUGGUCUCAACUACGUGUACACCAGAGAUUUCGUGGCAGUCAGGUUGAGUCUGAUCCCGGGUGUCACACCGGUUGCAGCGGAAGACCAUAAAGUGCUAUUGCAGUCGUACGAUCUGUUACCAACAGUCACAAAGAUUUUCACAGACAACAAGAAUUAUCUGCAGGUGUGGGCCCUAAACGCUGUGCCAAACGCGGAAAACCGUCACUUGGUCAAAAUUAAUACUCUCACGUUAUAGAUGCCGUUAUCUCGUAUACAUUAUGAUAUUAUAACAUUCUACUCUACACAUAGUACCUGCAGGAUUUGACAAUUUGAACGCGAAAUAUGGUCAACCCCUUAAGAUAUGCUCUGUAUAAACAAGAAGAUUCACCAAGCAUGCACACCACCUGACCGUAUUUUUUCCUAUUUAAUAACUAAUUUAUCAAAAUUCUAAUUUUUGGGGUAUAAUGUAGGAACUAGGAAGUACUAUAUCUAAAGUACUUAUGUACUCUUGUGCCAUUAGAAUAGCGUCCUCUAUCGAAACAACAAUAUAAGCUAAUAAGUUUGGUGAGCAUACUCGGCGAAUCAUUCUGUUUAUAUUAUAAUAUUAUAUAAUAUUGAUGUUGUAUGUGGUUAUAGACGACGUUCAUAAACUGUAAACAUAAAACCUACAUAUACUUUAUUUUUUUAUAUUAUGUCGUUCCACAUAAGUAUUUAAUAUAAAUUAUAUUUGUAUAUAACUAUCGCUG